AUGGCAUUUCGUCCAUUUAUAAUAUCUUUUGGGGUUUUUAUUUUCACAAUUCACAAUAUUUGUGGUAGAGAGCUUGUUGGAGAGUGGAAGAAAUCUCUUAAACCUGGUCAGGGUACUAGUAGCAUUGGUUUCUCCACGAGAUGCAUAGCAUGUGGACGAGGACAUGAGAAUAUUAUAAAAAAUAAACUUGAAGAAAAACAUGGAGGAAUGUUUGACAAAGGUAUCAAACACAACUACAUUGUUAAUACUAGAGAAAAUGUAGAUGGUUCAAAUAACACUGACAGCAAUAAUGGAAAAAACAACAUGAUCGGAAGUGGAAGCAACAAUGCUGGCAUCAAUGGAAGCAGAAACACAAAUGGCUCUUAUCACCUCCCUGGUAGCGGCAAUAAUGGUCCCAUCAUCGUUUCUGUUGGAAACCAAAACGGAAAUGGAAAUGAUAAUAUCAGUACAGGAUCAGGAGAUGGAGAAGAUAUUGGUCGGAAGUGA